AUGAAGAGAAAAAUACUCGAAGACAAAGAUUUUAUUAUAUUUGAUUAUAACAAUAAAACAUAUUACGAAGGCACACAAUUUAUUAAUGUCUCUGGAGAAUUUAUUACAUAUGGUAAUUCUAAAUUAUUCUACAUUAAGGAAUAUAAUGAAUCAAAGAAUCCAGAAGGCGCAGAAUAUUUCUUAAACGAAACUACUUUAUCAGAUCAUGAAUAUCGAAGACAUUUUAGUGUAAAUAUUUCUAUUCAAAACUAUACAAUAGGAAAUUACUCAAUUUAUUUCAGAUGCAUAAAAUAUCAAGAUAAUGAAGAAGUUUAUUCUCAUUUUGAAUAUUUCAAUUUCACAAUUGAAAGAGUGGUUAGAAUAGAAAUAGAUCCAUUGCAAAAGCAUCAAUUUAAACAAAGAAUUGAUAUGCAAUUUAAAGUUAAUGUUUCAUUUAAUUAUUAUGUCGACAAAAUAUUCGAAAUAUCGUAUCGAAUUAAUAGAACAGAAAAUAUUAAUUCAUUAAUUAAUAUAAAAGAAAAUAUUUCAUUAGCAUUAGAAACAGAAUUUAGAGAGUUUACUUUUGAUAUUUCAAAACUUGAAGUUGGAGAAUAUUACUUUAAAAUUUCUACAAUUAAUGUAGAAGUUCAAAGCCAGAAAUUCGUUUUGGAAAAGAAUCAACAGAAAGUAAUCCGGCUGAUUAUAUAA